GCUGUUUGCUUUCGGCAGACACCUAUUCUAUCUUAGUAUAUUUGUAAUACAAUAUCUCCUCAGGCAGGCCUUUCGAUUCUCCAGCCAGGCUGGUCUUGCUCUUGUACGCUCAGGGGAAAGGAACGGAAGAAACGGCAGGGAUAACCGAGACCUUAAUCGACCGAAUUCCGGCAACAAAGAUGCCUUCCAUCAGGACAACACUUGGGGCAGUCGUGGCGGGGCUAGCGGCCGUCUCGUCGGCGGUACCAGGGAUCCCAAAGUUGAACAAGGCACAGGUGCAGAUGUAUGAGCACGCAAAACGCCAGAACGAGGCUGCCGCGGCCGCGGGCCUGACCGAUGUCGACAUCUUGCAAUUCGCUCUCACGCUCGAGUGGCUUGAAGCGACCUUCUACCAGCAAGGCUUCGCCAAGUUCCCGGCGACCGACUUCCAAGCACUCGGCCUCACGCAGCAAGAGAUCGAUGACCUGCUCAAGAUCGGCAAGACGGAAGAGGAGCAUGUCAUCCUGCUGCAGAGCGCCAUCGCACAGGCCGGCGUGCAGCCAGUGCAGCCGUGCACCUACAACUUCGCCUUCACCGAUGCCGCGGGCAUGGUUGCCACCGCCGCCGUGCUCGAGAACGUCGGCGUCUCGGCCUACCUGGGCGCCGCGUCGCUCGUCUCCGACGGCUCGAUCCUCACGACAGCAGGCUCGAUCCUGACCGUCGAAGCCCGCCAUCAGACCUUCAUCCGCGCCGCCAGCAAAGCCCUGGCCGUGCCCCAAGCCUUCGACACGCCCCUGACGCCCAAGCAAGUCUUCUCGCUCGCGGCCCCGUUUAUCCAGAGCUGCCCGGACGGGAGCAACCUCAUCCUGACCGCCUUCCCCACCCUGGCCAUGGCCGCCGGACAGAGCACCACCGCGGUAGCCGCCGGCACUACCAUCCAGCUGCAGAGCGAUGCCGCCGCCACCGCGACCAACUGCGCCUUCACCACGGGCGGCAUCCCCGGCGGCACCGUCUUCACGCCCUUCGACCCGGCCACGGGCUGCGUCGUGCCGCAAGGGUUGGCCGGCAUCACCUAUGUCAACCUGGCGAGCGCCGGCCCGCUGACUGGCAAACUUACCGACGACAUCAUCGUGGCUGGGCCCAUGGUGAUGCAGGUCUCGUAAGCCACGAGGCUGGCUGGCUGAAAAAGAGAAGGGGCCUGGCUCGUUUUCGCCUGUGUAUAUGUGCGUCGUUGUUGGUCUGGUCUUGGAGCGCUGAGCUUCACAA